AUGCGAAAUUGUUCACCUAAAAGUGUCAUUUCAUAUUUAUGUGUUUACUCCGAACAUCGAAAUUCACGAAUUCGAGAAGAAAUUUUAAAUAUUAUGACGGCUGCAUUACUUACCUUCGAUUCUCGCUCAAUCAAUUUAAAAGCAAUUGCCGACGUGGUGGUACCAUUACUCGCUGAUCCGAAACGACGUGUUCGGUUGGCUGCAUUUGAAUUAUUUGCUGUUUUUGCGCAUUUGUCGAGUAAUUCGACCAAACGUCUGCUAAAAUUAGUGUCAAAUUUGGAAGAAAAGCAUCAUGCUUAUGGUCUUUUAAGUGCUGUUAAGGAGAGAAUAUCACGUAAUACACUGCCAAAGAUACGAUCCGAUGGACUGAUCGAAUAUGCAACACCGCUUGAUGCUUCUGACAUUUCCGCCUGCAAUCGUGAAGGGUGGCGCUGGUUGAAAACAAAUAAUUUAGAUUAUGAAUGGAUUAUGGGUGGUGGCAAUGGUUCGAGCAGUCCUUUACAUUCAGUGGAACCAAUUCGGUUGCAAAAAUUGCACUUAAAUGGCGAUUUACAUCAAAUAGCGCAAAAUGAUAGUAGUACAGGCGGUAAUGUUGCCAAGUGCGCCACCGAAAGGAGCGCCACUGGAAAAGAACCCAGUGAGGGUGAGGAGAAUUUGAUUGGAAAUGGAUUUGAUAAAAUGAAACAGUACAAUUCGGAUGGAAAUUUCUUGCCAAAUAAUAUUUCACGGAGUAGAAAAAUUACAAAUCCAGGCGAUCUACCCAUUAAGUCAUCAAAGUGUGAAACUUAUUGCAACAAUUAUGCACCAUCAGAACCAGCAAUACCUACUCGUUCCUCCUUCUUAUCAUUGGUACGGAAAAGUUUUAGCCAUCAAAAUUUAGCUUGUACGUCAAAAACUACUGGUAUCUCUCAGCGUAUUCAAGCAUCUCCUAAAGUAAUCAGAAAGAAUAAUUUAAAAUCUGCGUCAUCAAUGAGAAGCAUUACGUCAAAUUCGUCAUCCGUAAUAAGCACAUCGAAACGUGAAAAAUGUGUCCAAAAUAUUGAAAUGUUGUUGAAAAAUCCGGAAUUCUCGCUCAAUGAUGCAUUACAGAAAUUAGAUGCUGAAGAAUGGAAUGGAAAACUUUAUGCCAUCGAGGUGAUCGAUACUUUAGCUAAAAUAUCGCCAGGUGUGCUAGCUGCAAAUAUACAUCCUAUUGUUAUGAAAUUAUUAAAUGAAUGUAAAAACUUACGUUCAACAGUUUCGCGAGCAGCAAUUUCUUCCUUUGGAGCUUUAUUUGAAAAUCUUAAAACAGUGAUGGAUUCGGAUGUUGAAAAAGUAUGUCUGGUAUUGAUGCAAAAAGCCGGUGAUGUAAGUAAUGCAUUCAUUCGUGAUGAUGCGACAAUUGCGCUGGAAAAAAUGAUCAAAUAUGUUUCACCUGGGCGUUCUCUCUAUGCAUUAGUUAGUUCUGGAGCUAAAAGCAAAAGUAAUACAAUUCGAGCGUGCUGUGCAAGCCUAUUAGUGAAAUUAGUGGAACGUUUAGGUCCUAUAAAUGCCAUCGGUAGCGCAGAAUUUCCACGUUUUGUCACAUCUUUACUACUAUUUGCAAGAGAUGCAAAUGUAACGGUGCGACAGACUGGAAAAUAUGGAAUACGACUGCUUAGCCAGAACAAUGAUUUAUUUGAUGAUGCAGUACGUAAAAGUCUGAAUGAAAGUGAACGACAGAAUUUGAAUGAAGUAUUAGAUGCUAUAAAUAGAAGAGGAUUGGGAGAAACUAAUCUUGCUUCAUCAUCAUUAUCACUAGGAUCAAUUAGCAGAAGUGGUAGUAUGAGGCGCUCUGGUAGUAAUGGACGAGAUGCGCCGAUAUCACAAAGCAUACAACAGGAUUUGCUGCAAGUGCGAAACAAUCUAAUUGCAAGCGAAUGGGAGCGACGAAUGAAAGGUUUAAAAGAAUUCUCAGAAAUUGUAAUGAGAAACGAUCGAGCAGCAAUAUCAGAUACAAAAGUUCUGGGAGCAUUUGUUGGCCGUACAUCAGAUAUUAACUUUAAAGUAUCAGUAGAAGCUAUGGAAACGCUUGUCACCAUUCUCCCGACACUUUCGCCCUAUUUUUCAAGUGAAGCAUCACUGAAAGCAGUACUUUAUCAGCUAAUCAACUCACUAAUGUCACAUUUGGCCAGUCGCAGCGAAGGUCACCGACAACACGCAAAAUUAUGCUUUGAAGAAAUCACAAAAUAUAUUGAGAAUAUGGCUCUUUUGGCACCAUUUGCAAGUGCAACAAAACAAGCUAACGUAAAGCAAAAACCAUUUAUGCUGCAAACUCUUAGCAAAUUGAUAGAAUCCGUGUAUUCGAUUAAGCCACGUCAAGCGGAAGCAGUAGGUCUUCCGGUUCUCUGGGAAUUACUACGGACUCCUCCUCGGAGCUGUAGUGAUCCGGAAGUUCGAGAAGCCAUACGUCACUAUGCUAUAACAAUGGCACGCUGCAUUGGUAUCAAAACACUUCUGCAAUUGUCAACAUUUCGCAUUAAUCCAAACCAAAAGAAAACACUGCAAGAAUUAAUUUCAUAA